UUGCACACGUCAUCUGAAACACUCGCGCCCUCUAUCCUAUAGCUCCGAUAUGUUUUCGGUGUAAUGUUGAGAAUACGCUGGCAUAUAAAUCAACAUUUUCCUUAGGUUAUUGACAAUUUAAUUCGCGAACGAAGCAACGUAAACCAUCGUGUAAAAAUGGUCCUUAUUGCAGCAGCAGUAUGCACGAAAGCAGGCAAAACCAUCAUAUCCCGUCAAUUUGUGGAAAUGACGAAAGCCAGAAUAGAGGGCCUUCUUGCCGCUUUUCCCAAGCUCAUGAGUUCCGGGAAACAGCAUACAUUCGUAGAAACCGAAUCGGUCCGUUACGUCUAUCAACCUCUUGAGAAACUAUACAUGCUUCUCAUCACAACAAAAGCCAGCAAUAUUCUGGAAGAUUUGGAAACUCUUAGGCUCUUUGCAAGAGUGAUACCGGAGUACUGCAAAUCCAUGGACGAAAUGGAAGUAGCAGAAAACACGUUCAACCUCAUAUUUGCUUUCGACGAGAUUGUGGCACUAGGUUACAGGGAGAGUGUCAAUUUGGCUCAAAUUCGUACAUUCGUGGAAAUGGAUUCGCACGAGGAGCGAGUCUAUCAAGCGGUGAGAUUCACGCAGGAGCGUGAAGCAAAGAACAAGAUGAGAGAAAAAGCAAAAGAAUUACAAAGACAGAGAAUGGAAGCGAACAAGAAAGGUAGCGGUGGAGUUGGAGGAGGAAAGAAUCUCGGUUUUGGUAGUAGCUACGGAAACAGUGGGAAUUUCACGAAUUCACCGAGUGUGGGUGAUUCGGCAAACUUCAUACCAGAGCCUGUGAAGCCAAGCUACAAUCCAUCUCUAAAAUCCAUUUCAACGGGGCCUGGUGCGAUGAAACUGGGUGGUAAAGCACGCGACGUCGAUUCUUUCGUGGAUCAAUUGAAGGAAGAAGGGGAGAAUGUUGUGACCACAUCAAUAUCAAGCUCAAGCACAAAAACGUCAAAUAUUUCGAGCCACAUAAUAUCAACGAACACUGAGCCGGUGCAUUUGAAGCAGGAAGAAAAAUUGAACGUAAGAAUUGGACGGGACGGUGGUCUUCAACACUUCGAGCUUCACGGUCUCGUCACGCUUCAUAUAUCGGACGAAAAAUGGGGCAGAAUACGCGUUCAGCUCGAGAACAAGGACACGCGCGGUGUUCAACUCCAAACUCAUCCGAACGUCGACAAAGAAUUGUUCAAAUCGCACAGUCAGAUUGGCCUCAAGAUACCAUCAAAACCGUUCCCUCUGAACACCGACGUUGGCGUUUUGAAGUGGCGAUUGCAGGCACAGGAUGAAACUUCCUUACCGCUGUCGAUCAACUGUUGGCCUUCGGAAAACGGCGAGUCUGGCUGCGAUGUCAAUAUCGAAUACGAGCUUGAACAAACUGAUCUCGAAUUGAACGAUGUACAGAUUAAUAUACCAUUGCCCAUGGGCUGCACGCCAAUCGUUAGCGAAUAUGAUGGACAAUACACUCACGAACCUCGAAGGAAUAUGCUCAUAUGGUCACUGCCUAUUGUUGAUGCAUCAACUAAAUCUGGCUCGAUGGAAUUUUCGGCACCCUCCUCAACACCAUCGGACUUCUUCCCAUUACACGUGUCCUUUUCUUCGAAAACUCCAUACGCUAAAAUCAAGGUCAGCGAUGUUUUGCUAGUAGAAGAUGAGAGCCCAGUAAAGCACUCGGUGGAGACAGUAUUCCUCACUGACAAUUACGAAGUGGUUUAGGGUUCUAUGCAACAAUGAAAAUUCCCGUCUACACGUAUUUAUAAUUACUUAAGAGUAGGUGAAGACGAAUGAAAAUUUGAGGACACUCGUGAAAAGGCGAUUAUUCCAUUGAGGAGAGAAAAGGAAGAGGAUACCCGAAGCAUUCACUCGAGAUUGGGGAGAAACUAUGUAUAAUGAUGAAAUUGUAUGCGUUUAUGAUAUUUGAGCAAGAAAGAAAAAAAACACAAAACUGUUAAAACUUAUUUCAAAAUUGAACGUUUUAAUCGUCGAACGGAAAAUCGGAGAUGUUCACACGACCAUUAUAAUUCUAUACAUAUAUAUAUAUAUAUACAUACUACGAGUAAGAGAACUAAUCAGACAAAAAAAAUGUUACUGAGGUCUCGCGAGACUUGCCAUUCGACUAAUAAAUAUCUAAAUUGUUAUGUUCAA